AAAGAAAAAGUUCCGGUCAAAAAUAACCAAUUUGAAGGGAUGGGCCGUUUCUUCAUCUAAGGCCCAUUCAUUUUGCACGUGGUUUGUCGGUCGUAAAUCAAAGACUCCGACCCAAGAACAAAGCCACGUUUUGCAUACACUUGUUUAUGAAUCAAAGAAUCUAUUUUGUCGUAAUCUAUUAAACAAGAAUUUAUUUAUGUAUCAUCUAAUUACUUGUUGUUAGCAGAAUCCGCGGUUAAGUUUUCUUUAUGUCUGAGCAUUAGCGAUUGGUUUACGCGUUUAAGCAACUUACAGCCACACGUUUUAAUAUUUGAAGAUCAUCAAGAUUUAUACAUUCAUACAAAGACCCGAUUUAAUUCAGCUAUUUCAUAUUUCUUCCAAAUCUGUCCAAAGUUUGACCCUUUUAUCAAAUUUGGCAACAUAUUGAGUGAUUGCAGGUUGUAGUCUAUUGAAAGUUUGCAUUUGAUCAGCUAUGGUGAAGGACACAGAGUAUUAUGACAAAUUGGGGGUUGGUGUUGAUGCAACUCCAGCUGAAAUUAAGAAAGCUUACUACUUUAAGGCAAGGACUACACAUCCAGACAAGAAUCCUGGGGACCCACAAGCCGCUCGUAAUUUCCAGGAACUAGGGGAGGCCUAUCAGGUGCUGAGUGAUCCCGAGAAACGUGAACUUUAUGACAAAUACGGUAAAGAAGAUAUGCCGAAGGAUUUGAUGCACCCUGCAGCUGUAUUUGGAAUGCUUUUUGGGAGUGACGUAUUUAUUGAUUAUGUCGGGGAACUUAGAUUGGCUUCCAUACAAUCUGUUGAAGACGAAGAGGACGAAGUUGUUCCUGAGCUUCGUAGGCAGAACAUUCAGGAGAAAUUGAAGAAAUUGCAAAAGGAAAGGGUAGAGAAGCUCACAACAAUUCUAAAAGAACGUCUUCAACCAUAUGUCGAAGGCCGAAAGGAUGAGUUUUUACAAUGGGCACAAACAGAAGCGCAACAUCUUGCUCAAGCUGCUUUUGGUGAGGCUAUGCUGCAUACUAUUGGUUAUAUCUACACAAGGCAAGCAGCAAAAGAAAUUGGGAAAACUAAAAGAUUCAUGAAGGUGCCAUUUUUGGCAGAAUGGGUAAGGGACAAAGGACACCUAAUAAAAUCACAAGCGAUGGCAGCUUCAGGGGCUGUGUCUUUACUUCAAAUACAAGAAGAACAGAAGAGGUAUCAGGAGGAGAACAAAGUAGAAGAUGCAAUCAAAACAAUGGAAGAAAAGAAAGAUAUCAUGAUUAAAUCACUUUGGCAAAUUAACGUCGUGGAUAUUGAGUUAACUUUAUCGCGUGUUUGCCAAGCAGUCCUUAAAGAGCCCAAUGUUCCUAAGGAUACUCUCAGGCUACGUGCUAGGGCCAUGAAGAAGCUGGGUACAAUUUUUCAGGGUGCGAAGCCAAUGUACAGAAGAGAGAGCAGUUUGCGCAGUGAAAACACAGACAUGGUAGAUAGUGGUCCAUCCUCUAAAUGAAGCUAAUAUUUCUCCACUGUAUUUUUUGGUGUAGAGACUUAUAACAGCUGCAUCCAUGCUCGAGACUUGUUCAAUGUUGUGCGCCUCUCUUAUUACAUUUAUGUAUCUCCCUGUUCUUCAGACACAGUUUGAUCGUUCUAUGGCCAAAAUCUCAAUUUUUGGAAAGCCGUCGACUGA